AAUAUAAGUGGAAAAAAAAUGGCAUGGAUUUUUACGAUGAAAGUUGUGUUGCUUUCUAGUUGUGUUGUGUUAAUGGGUUUGGCGAUGAGUGUGUCUGUUCCAAUGGCGUUGGAGUUCAUGGCGUCGCACGUGCCGCUCGUGUGGAGCUCCGUCAUCUCGUGGAUGAGGCCUCCCUACCUCUAUGUCGUCAUCAAUGGCAUCAUCAUCUCCAUCGCCGCCUUUUCUCGAUUCCACCACCAUCACGAUCACAAAUCAUCGGAAGACAUUGAUCAUCACCACCACCACCACCACCACCACCAUCAUCAUGUCGGUUAUGAUGAUGAUGAUGAUCAGGAGGUCAAUAAGGUCAUUUCGUCGGAGUUCAGGGUGAUGGAUGAUGAUCAGAGGGUGGCCGUGUAUCAGCAGAGAGAGGAGGAGGAGGAAGAGGAGCUCACGGACGUUGUUGAUGAUGAUCAGGUGAUGAAAACAGGUGUACCCUAUGUGGAGGUUAAAGAUCGUGAUAAUCACGAUGGUGAAGACGAGCUUGUGAUGGACUCGAGGAUAGUUGAUCAAUAUUCGGAGGAGGAGCUGGAGAAGAAGAUCAUUCUGUUGUCGGAGGAGAAGCCUCUGGUCUCUCGACUCUCUCCGAAGUUUGGUAACCGGAAACCGGUUAAACCAAGUCCUGAAGCGGGUAGAAAGGCGUUGAAGGUCGUGUCGAAGCCAAAACGACAUGAGACGAUGGAGAACACGUGGAAGGCGAUAAUGGAGGGCCGUUCGAUGUCGUUGACCGGCAGGAACGUGAAGAUGUGGGAGUGGGACUCUAAUUUGGAAAAUCAGGGCCGUCCGAUCAUCGCCUUUGGCGAUCUGGAGGUUGAUCAAGCACCGUCGACGGCGCCGGAGAUGCAGAAAUCUCAGACGUUCAAGGACCGGACCAAUCAGCAGUCGCCAGCUGUCUGGACGACUUCUAGCAAUCUCAGGACAGAGCCAUCGCUGAGUCAGGACGAGUUGAACAAGCGAGUGGAAGCAUUCAUAAACAAGUUUAAUGAACAGAUGAGGUUGCAGAGGCAGGAGUCGUUGAAUCGGUAUAUGGAGAUGAUUAACCGUGGAAGCCAUUGAAUAUAUUUGUUGAAGUUAAGAUGUUUAUUGUUGGCUUUCUUUUAUUAAUUUGGUUAAUAGGUAGUAUUUGCGAAUAUUAAUUUGAUGAAGUUAUUUUGUUCAUCAAAAAAAAAAAAAAAAAAAACAAAAAAGAAGCAGUAAAAUGGCUGUGGCAAUUAUCGUUUGGGACUUUUUUUGGGCACGUGAACGUACCGGUUAAUUAAAAAAUAUACAAAUUUAACAGUUAAAAAAAAU